GCCACGCUCCUGGAAAUAACUCGUUGACAUGGUUGUUGAGUGUCCAGCGGACAGCACAAGUGUACACAUUGGGCAAACAAAAUGGAGGGAAGGUUUAGCCGAGCUUCCUUAUCGAUAUCGGCAGCUCACAGCUAUCAACCGCGUCACCUGCAACACUCCCAAAGAGCACCCACAUGACAGCUACUGUCACCAUUCCUACAGUUUGUCACGCCGGAAUGCUCACGGCUUGAGAUUUACUCACGUUCAUGGAGCUGGAUCUGACCCUCUGGGCAAGAUACGACCAGCCCUCUAAUCACAAUAUUCCCUAAGACGCCGCAGCACGGCCACGCGCCCCGCCCGCUGCCUGAGCGUAGUGCAGGCUGCUCAGCAUGAUGGCCUCCAAUCUUCUUUCUAGACUUCUGCCCUCCGCAAUUGACGAGCCGUUCGAAAGUGAUCCCCUAAACCCUCAGCCGCGCCGAAGCUCGACCUCGACAGACGGACAGCACGUCAUGGACAUAGACGAGGAGAACUUCGGGGCCUACUUCGAGCCGCAAGACUUGGAACACCUACUGGAAGAAGCAUCUGGCAGUCAGAUGACGACCGAUAGCCGUGCUGUUUCUCCUGAAGCAAGACGGAAGCCGAACGCGCCUCCAGGCAUCAACGCAGCGAAUCGAGCCGCUGGACGGAAACAGCCUGCCCCAGCGCGACCUCUGCCAGUGGACGACGACGACGAUGUUCCGCAGUCGUUGCUCCUUGAAGGAGGACCUUCGUCACCACUUGCGACACGGCGUACAGACGGCCUGCCACCCCCAGUACCUGGCCCUUCGACGCGGCAGACACGAGCGCAGUGGGACACUACCCAGAGACAGCAGCGGCUGCACGACGAUAUGGCCGGGGCACCAGCCAAAACCUGGGGGAGGACAGGGCAGUUUAACGUUAAUCCUAAAGAGAAGGCACUGUGGCUGUGGGUUAACCAGACCGACCUGGACACAUACAUGAAGGACGUCUACGAAUACUACCGCGGUCACGGCAUCUACUCGAUGCUACUGAAACGGGUCUUGACUCUUCUGCAAUCUGCAUUCGUAGUGGGCUUCAUGACUUUCUUCGGGUGGUGCAUCGACUACUCUAAGCUCUCUCAGAGCCACAAGAUGAGCGAAGUGCUCGUGCCCAAGUGCACAUCCAGGAUACACGGCCUCUGGAUCUUUGCUAUAUGGGUUUUCUCCAGCUAUUGGAUCUAUUCGUUCUAUACAAUGGUCACGGACAUACCAAGGCUGAAGGCCAUGCACGACUUCUACCACCAUCUCCUCGAUAUUCCAGACCGGGACAUUCAGACUGUGGAGUGGCAACAAGUUGUCAGUCGCAUCAUGGCCUUACGUGACCUGAACCUCACCACAGCAUCGAACUUGUCGCCAGAAACUCGGAAGCUGCUGGACUCAAAGAGCCGACAGCGUCUGGAUGCCAUCGAUAUAGCAAGCCGCCUCAUGAGGCGCGAAAACUACCUCAUCGCCCUCUUUAACAAGGAGGUUUUGGAUGUGACGGUGCCCAUUCCCUUCUUAGGAAACAGGUACAUCUUCUCUGAGACUACAAGGUGGCAUGUGGAGCUCGCCAUCUUAGAGUUUGUCUUUAGCGGCAAGAAUGGCCAGUUUAAUCCCGAAUUCCUCAAAGAGCGCAACCGUCGGGAACUUGUGAAGAGACUGCGGACUCGGUUGAUGGGUGUCGGACUGAUCAGUGUUGUCUGCGCUCCAUUCGCAGUGAUUUUCGUACUGGCAUCGUACCUGUUCAAGUACUUUGCAGAGUACCACAAAGACCCCGGCCAACUGAGCAACCGCGACUUCACACACUUUGCGCAGUGGAAGUUCCGCGAGUUCAAUGAGCUACCUCACCUUUUCGAGCGCCGCCAUAAGAUGGCCCAACCGUACGCCAACAUGUACCUCGCACAAUUUCCCAAGGACAAGACAGAGCAGAUAUCUUCAUUUAUAGCGUUUGUUACAGGAGCGUUCGCAUUUGUGCUAGUAGCGCUCACUCUUCUUGACUCCGAGCUGUUCCUCACCUUCGAGAUCACGCCUGGAAAGACAGCGAUUUUCUGGAUUGGUGUCUUCACAGCCAUAUACCGUUCGGCUAGAGGAAGCAGCCCUCAAGAAGACCAGAUCUCUGAUCCCGCAUUCUACCUUGGCCAUGUCAUCUACCACACACGCUAUGAGCCCGAGUCGUGGACCGACCGUCUACACACUGACGAAGUCCGCGCCGAGUUCGCAAAGCUCUACCAACCCAAGGUUCUCAUCUUCGCUGAAGAAAUCCUCAGCAUGGUUAUCACACCAUUCCUCCUUAUCUUUCGCCUGCCCAACUGCAGCGAGCGCAUCGUCGACUUCUUUCGCGAGUUCUCCAUCGUCGUAGAUGGCCUAGGCGUGACGUGCUCGUACUCCAUGUUCCCCUUCAACAAAGGCACGCAAAACCGCACAAACAACAUCCCCGCCUCCCAACCCGGCGGCGCACGCGCAAAUGACCCCGCAAGCGACCCACGAGAAGAUUACUUCAUGGCAAAGGAUAACAAGAUGCUAGCAAGCUACUACGGCUUCAUGGACACAUAUGGAAACCCAAGUGGCAGAGGCUACAACAACAGACUUCAAGGCCGCAGCACUUUCCAUCCCCCGCCGCAGUUCCCGAACGCAUUCGGCAACAUGAGCCAGACGGCUCAGCCCGGUGAUGCAGGGCUUCAUGCACGCGGUACCAGCAGAGGACCCGCUGGCCGCCAACCGCAGCAUCUCCAGCGCCACACACCGAGGCAUCCUGCACGAGACGAGCCCAUGUCUUCCAUGCUGCUGGAUCCGCACCACCAGCCUUCUGCUCCUGCGUUGAGAAGUUCACCGAGAGGCGUGUCGCAUGGGAGGUAUCAGUCGAGACUGCAUAAUGUGGCGAGUCCGACGGGGCAUCCAGGGGCGAGGAUCGAGGAGGAGAGUACGAUUGGGGAUAGUUGGCGGACUAGUCGGUUGGCGCAGGAUGAUGACGACGAGGAUGAGGCGCCGGGUGCUGGGAGGGGUGGCGUGUUGCAGUUGUUGCGGCAGUUUAGCAAGGCGCAAGCUGAGGGAAGGGGCGCUGGUGUUGGGGUGUAAUCAUUUGUUCUGGCGUUUGGGUGAUUCAUCCUGGUAUUGCAUCAGCAUGCAUGCCUAUAUGCGUUGGGCGGGUUUAGGUGUUUGAUUUGAUACCAUGACGGGCUAGGAUGGCCUUGAUAACGCAAUACAUCGCAUUCUUCAAGAACACUGCAUGAUCGCAAUGAUCUGCAAUAUAGAUACUUGACUGAUUCUUGAUUAGU